AUGGCCAUGCUGACAGUCCAGCGGAAGUUCCAACGUCUUACUCUAGUGGCAGCCGUGUUUCUCGCCGCGUAUGUCUUACUCAACCGAACCACCCUUUAUCCCCGGGAUGCUGCACAUUGGCGCAACUGGGAAUACAUGCCGACCAGCUUUGACUGGCGGAACCGCCCGCAAGCGCACCCCGUCAACGAGUCCACCAUGACCCGUCUGCCUGAGGGAAAGCCCCGCCAACUGCUUGCGAUACAGUAUCUGUUCUCACAUGAUGGACUGACCGAGGCACACAACAAAACUCAGAGAGCGCGCCGGGACGCUGUUAGGGCUGCUGCAAGAAGAUCCUGGGCGACUUACCGCAACCAUGCUUGGGGCCGUGAUGAGGUUGCCCCCCAGCAACUCGUCGGGAAAGACACGUUUGCCGGAUGGGGUGCGACGCUUGUGGACUCGUUGGACACCCUAUGGAUUAUGGGCAUGGAGGAGGACUUUAGGGAUGCCGUCCGGCACGUCGCUAGCAUCGACUGGAACAACGCGACGUCUCGGCAAUGCAGCUUGUUCGAGACCAACAUCCGUUAUCUGGGCGGGUUGCUAUCGGCUUACGACCUGAGCCAGGAACGAGUGCUUCUUGACAAGGCAAUUGAGCUGGGCGAUAUGCUCUACGCUGGGUUCGACACGCCGAAUCAUAUGCCUGCCAACAGCUUCCAUUUCAAUUCAGCAAAAGAGGGCAAGCUCGGUGCCAGUCGGCAUGAGGCAUCCGCUGCUGCAGGCUCUCUGUCACUCGAGUUUACGAGGCUCUCCCAGCUGACAGGGGACCCCAAAUACUAUCACGCUAUUGACGGCGUCAAAAAGGCGCUGGAGAGGACACAGAACAAGACCAGCCUCCCCGGCAUGUGGCCCGUCUUCGUUGAUCUUCAAAACGACUUCUUCACCCCCGGCACCUCGUUCUCACUCGGCGCCGCCGCCGACUCGGCAUACGAGUAUCUGUCCAAAAUGCACGCCCUCCUCGGCGGCCUGGAUCCGACCUACGAGAGACUCCACACCAAAGCCAUGGCCACAGCGCAGAAGCACGUCCUCUUCCGCCCUAUGCUACCAGACUUCUCACCCACACCGACCCCCGACAUUCUCUUCUCCGGCACAGUCCUCUCUAACGGCAAGAUCAUUGAGCUCCGCCCGGAGGUCCAGCACCUCGGCUGCUUUGCGGGUGGCAUGUUCGCCCUCGGCGGAAGACUCUUUGGCCGGGAAGACCACGUCAGGAUAGGCGAGCAGCUCGCACGGGGCUGUGCCUGGGCAUACGACUCGUUCCCGACUGGCAUCAUGCCCGAGGUGUCGGUCAUCAUACCCUGCGAGAAAGACGCCGCUCAGAGAGAAGACGAUAACCUGGCCCCUUGCGCGUGGAACGAGACGCGAUGGAUGGAGCACGGCGAGCGUGUUGUACACCUGCCCAAGCCCUUCUCGGCCGUCCUGGAUCCGCGCUACAUGCUCCGGCCCGAGGCGAUCGAGAGCGUGUUCAUCCUGUAUCGCAUCACGGGAAAGACGGACCUGCUGGACACGGCGUGGCGCAUGUUUGAGUCGAUCAAGAAGGCGACUAGGACCAAGUUUGCGCACUCGGCGAUUACCGAUGUGCUGACGACGGGGUAUACCACGAAGACGGAUGAGAUGGAGAGCUUCUGGCUCGCCGAAACGCUCAAGUACUUUUACCUCAUCUUCUCGGAGCCGGAACUCAUUAGCUUGGACGACUAUGUGUUUAAUACGGAGGCGCAUCCGCUGAGGCUGCCCAAGUCGGUCUCGCGUCGGUAG